CGCCGUUUAUUUAUAGGCCUAUGUGUCACAGGAAUCGAAAUCCAUUUUUUAGCGUUUUAGGGCAAUAUAAACUCACUAUUUAAAUUAACUUGCAUUUCUGUAUGACGAAAUGUAUGAAGAAAUAGCGGUAGAAAGAAACUGGACUGAAACUGAAACGAAAGCGCUCCUGUACAUCCGAGCGGAUGAGGAAUUUAGCCGGCGGAUCAGCGGGACGGUUCGCGACUCUCUUAUUUAUGGCGAAAUAUCGAGGCUCCUUCGGGCACAAGGAAUACACAGAACCAAACGCCAGGUAACAACCAAAUUGAAAACGCUUAAGCAGAAAUUUCUGAAAAUCUACGACCAUCACAAAAACAGUGGAUACGGAAAAGUUUACUGGAAUUAUUACGAGCUUUGCAAAGCCAUCUGGGGGACCAAGCGCACAACAAACACUUCGGGACUACAUACGAGCGUGAAACUCGAAGAACCUCAAAACACGUCAACUGAGGAUGCCAGGUAUGAAAGUAGAUCGACUGACAAUGAAGUAUCUAUCAGUCAUAACGAGGAGACGAAUGGGAUGACCGAAGUAAUCACUCAACCUCCAAGAAAGAAGGCAAAGAAAGGUCUCAUUAGUGGUUUCAUAAGAGAGCAAGAACCUCUCCACAUCCAGGAACAAAGAGAGUAUGAAGAACUGUUGCGUAGGGAAACCAGAGAAGAACAGAAGGAGGAAAGAGAAAGUCUGAUGUCAAUGUGGAAGGAAAUGAUGGCGUUCCAAGGAAACCUAUUAAGGGAAUUUAUACACCACCCAUCCUUGCCGUCUUCGCAUCCACCUUAUUACAAACAUGGCAACCAAGGAUCCUCUUUUCCAAGCACAAGCUACAUGGCACCAUACCACUCACCAGGAGCUGAAACUGAACUGGAAAGUGCAAUCUCUCAGGAGGAAGAAGAGGAGGAGAAAUAUGUUAUUCCAACCACGAUUCCACUCGUCUCCGACGCUCAGCCUGUGAACUGUGUGAAUGACAGCCAAUCAAAUCUCUCAGUGACUCUUUCACCCCCACCUAAACAAUCAGCAGAAAAAAACGAUUUGGAGCUGUCAGUGCUGCGCAGACAAGAACAAGUGUUGAAGCUACAGGAAGAGUACUAUUCACUUAAGAUACAGCAUCUGAAAGCAAAAAUGGCCAUGGAGCCGACACUGAACGAUAAAGUAGUGCGUUAACUGCUGUUUUGUUGAGAUGUGAUUUUUUUAACUCAAAGCUGUGAAUAGCUUGCUUUGCAAAUUCAACAGGUUUCCUAAAUUUAAAUAUACACAACCUGACAGUGGAGAACAUAGUGUCAACUGGUCAAUACUUUGUGUACUUAAAGGAAUGUUCUGGGUUCAAUACAGAUUAAGCAUUUGUUGCAUAAUGUUGAUUACCACAAAAAGAAAAAAAAAUUACUUGGGCACUUACAAUGGAAGCGAAUGGAGCCAGUCCAUAAACAUUAAAAUACACACUGUUUCAAAAGUAUAGCCACUAGAUGUAAACAUAACACAUGUUAACAUGAUUUUAGUGUGAUCAAAUCUCUGUUCUACAUGAUUUUAAUGUGAUUAUUGCAUAUUAUUUUAUUUUAGAUAUAAUUUUGGAUUAAAACUUUACACAUAUAAGGUAACUAAGUGAUGUUAUAAUGGGAAAUAUUUAUGUUUACAUCUUUGUGGCAAUACUUUUGAAACUGUGUGUAUUUUAAUGUUUGUGGACGGUCCCCAUUCAUGUCCAUUGUAAAGUGUCUUACCUCCAUUUUUUUCUUCUUAUUUUUUAUUAUUAAUGAGGGAUCAGUCACAAAAAAUUUUUUUUGUGAUAACCAACCUUAUGUCACAAAUUCCAUCAGUUGAGCAUAACUUAUGUGGAACCCGGAACAUGCCUAAGUGAACAUUAAAUAUGUAUGCAAUAAUAUUACAUACUGUAUUUUGACCAGUAAAUGGCAUCAGGGUAACUUAUAUAUUUUCACAGAUGUCACAAGUUCUAUAUGUGACAUUAUAACCAAAAGAGAUGUAAAGGUAGGGCGUAUGUUUUUUGUUUUUUUUCUUCUGGCAAUUGUUGGUUUUUGGGGUGGCAUUAUUUUGCUGUUUUCGGAGAAAAAAAAACUGAAACAACAUUCAGUUCUGGACUGAGUCCAUUUAUGCAAUGCCCAAUUUUCAUAAUCCAAUCAAUAGUUAAAUCUCAUCCAAAACAAUUUUUUUUUCUCGUUGAAUGUUCUGUUUACUCUUACAAUGUCACAUGAAAGUAAAUGAGUUGGGAAUGCUAUAAGUCACUACAUUCUCUAGAGUCUAGAUGUUUCAUUGCCUUUCAAAAACACUAAGACAUUAGCCUUUCAUCCAAAUACAUUAUUUAAAAAAGCAAAAAUCAAAGGAGAUGGUAAUUUUCAACGAAUCCUUUACAGUAUGUUGGAAUAGCUUUAAUAACUCAGUUUUUCUACCAGUGUUCUUUUUAGUUCAUUGUUACUUUUUUACCUCCCGUUUUCCCCCCCCGCUUCUCUUCUCUUUGUGUCUCCCCCCUGUUAUUACUUUUCAGAAGAAGAAAGUGCAUUUACUGGUCCAGCAUAUGAAACUGACCUCUCUGUCUUGUGGCCAGUGUUCUUGUUUUAAAACUAUGUAUGAUGCCAGAUUGGCUUUUACUUUCCUUUGCUGUUGUAGUUUUUAAAUAUGUUUGGACACAUAUGUUUUAUGCGAAAAAAAAGUAUGCACACUGUAAAAUCUAAUUAGUUGACCUUACUGAGAUUUUUCAAGGCAAUCGGUUUGCAUGCUUUUUCUAAGUUAAUGUACUUAUUUGUCUCAAGUAAAUUAAACUUAAUUUUUUAAGUAACGUUGACUAGUUACAAGUAAACUUAACUCAUCUGUGAUUAAA